CUCUCACUCACUCUCGUUUCACUGUCUAAUAAUACCACGAUAUACCACCUAUUCUGCCACCAUGACUCUAUAGAACCACUAUAGACACCCUACGAAGUAGACCACGUCAAGACUCACGCUUUCAAAAUCAGAAUCAAAAGGAAAAAAAAACACCAUUCUCCCCACCUAAGAGGAAUCUUUCCGUCCAAGAAAUUGUUCGCGAUCCCUUAGUGAUGUUAAAAGUGUCACAGAACUAAUUAAACGUGGAUUAAAGUGAGUGACUAAAGAGAAAUUAGUGAAAAUCAAAUGUUGUGGAUUAGAGGAUUCCAAUUGCUGGCUAGUGAAACAAUGUGUCGUUGUGUUCGAUCAUCAUGUGCUCCUUGAUAAUGAUGAUCAUGUGGCAUGCUGCCAGGUAAAGAGCAUUAUCUCCGGGGAUGUGGAGAAUGCAAGAGGGCAGAACAAUGUCUCCUCUCGGACCGAUCCUCGGGGAAGAGGCUGGAGUUCCAUUGCAGGAUAGGCGACACGUGUUACUUCAAGUUAGGACAGCUGAUCCUUUCUUUCGUUACGAUCAUCAUUUGCGAUCGGAACAAACAUCAUCGCCACGUCUUGCUGAGGAUAUCGUCGAUAACGACGAUACAAGGGCAAAAAUGAAACGUGUUGAGAAAAUUGAGGUACUCGAGAAGGAAGAGGAUGAAAAUGAAAAUGGAAUCAUUAGCGAGAGGUUCGAGAGAAUUAAUGAACAAAUCGUGCCAAAUAGUAAUAAUGAACGAUUCGGUGAUCGUAUCAACGAAAGAGUCAGUGAUCGAAUCACUUCGAAAAGUGAAGAGGACGAUGACGAUGAAAUGGAGGAUGAUGAUGAGGAGAUGGAGAAAAGAAAUGGUUCGUUUCAUGAGGAUGAGGAUGUUGAGGUUGAUGUGUGUCGUGAUGGUGAUGAGAGUAAUCCAAGUAGCCCUGUAGACUUGACGGCAUCGUCGAGAUGCUCGGGAAGUGAACAAUUUUUGCAUCCAUUUGCAAAUCGUGGACUACAUUCGUUUUCAUGUCUUCAAAAUGGUGCAAAUAUUGGUGGACAAGCGACGGGUCAUCCGGUUUUUCUCUCUGGACAUACGGCAACAGGCUCGACGACGCUCGUUACCGUUUGUAGUGCCAGUAAUCAAUUAUCGGAGACAAAUGGCCCAAGCGGUGGUAAUAUUAUCACAACAACUGCUAGUUCUGUGCAAUCAAAUAAAAGGGGACUUGCUUUCUCCGUGGAGAAUAUCCUCGAUCCUAAUAAAUUCACCGGCGGCCGCGUUAUACACGGUCGUUUACAACAUCGUCGGCGACGACGUGCCGGCAGCAUUCAUGAAGAUGGAGACUCGAGAGGAGAGUUCGCUGGGGGUAGUGGCCAAGAAGAUGAUAUUGGUCCAGACACAUUGGAAGAAAUGGAUGACGAUAUCGAUGAAGAAGAAGAGGAUGUGGAAAUGCGAGUUGGCGAGGAUGAACACGAGACGUCAGGACAUGUUAGGGAAAAUAAUACAACAACACCAUCGAAUUGUAAGAAAAGACAAUCUUCCUCAUCGUCGUCAUCGUCGUCAAGUGGCACGCCAAGUCAAGGUCAAAAUUGUCAAGGACAAGGUAGUCAAAACAAUGGCUCUAGUGGUGGGACAGGUGGCAAACCACGACGAGCAAGAACAGCCUUCACCUAUGAACAAUUGGUGUCAUUAGAAAAUAAAUUUAAAACAACCAGAUAUCUCUCGGUAUGUGAACGAUUAAAUCUUGCACUAUCAUUGAGUCUCACCGAGACACAGGUGAAAAUUUGGUUUCAAAAUCGACGAACAAAGUGGAAAAAACAAAAUCCCGGCUUAGACGUUAAUAGUCCAACUGUGCCAACAACACCAUCACAUCCAUCUCCUUAUGCGCCGGCAUUUCUUUUUGCCGCCCAUCCUCAUGGACAUCCGCAUCCACAUCCACAUUCGCAUUCACAUGUCCAUCAUCCACCGCCACCACCACCGCCGCCACCUGGCUAUUAUCAUCCAUCGCCAUAUCCUCCCACGGGACCUUCAUUCUUUGGUCAUCAUUUAUCCACGACACCUGUGUCAGUGUCUGGUCCCCAACCUGUUACCACGUCGUCUGGUUUAACCCUCUCGUCACAUCCGCAUUCUCACACGCAUCCGCACGCGUAGCGACCUGAAUCGUUUGUGGUCUCAUCGUCAAUGUCGUCGUCCAUUAAUCGAAUGAACGGCACGAAGUAAAUUUUCAUAUAUUUUAUAUUAUUUCGCAAAUUAAUAUUGCUCUCAUUAUUAUUUUUUACAAAGAAAAAUUAUCGUUCAUUAAAAAAAAAAAUGUUCUCUAAUUUUAAUUAAUUUAUUCAUUAAAAAUUAAAUUGCGAAACAAUAUUUUUAUUAGUCGCGAGUAGCUCGUUAAAAUAACAAUUUAAAUUUAAUUGUUUCAUUUCAUUUCUUUUAUGAAAGGAGAGGAAAAAA